UUAUUUUCCCAUUUUUUUGUGAAUACAUAAAAAAGCAUGAGAAAAAUGGCUUAGAAUUUUAUGGAAUUGUAAUAAUAAUUAGGAAUCUUUGUUUUUUGGAUAAUGAAAUCUGAAAUAUUUACCUAUGGAUUUAGUGAUCAUUGGAUGAUAAGAAAUCUAUUAUCAUCUAAUAAUAUUAAAAAAGUUGCCUUUCUACUUACAUUCGUAUUGAUUGGUUAUCAUGGCGUUCUUCAUUUGACUUCAGGAGUCAAAUCAUGUAAAUGGCUGCUUAGUGAUGGAAGUUUUCAUGGAUUUGGUAGCUAUCGUGUUUGGCAACCAUACGGUUGCAUGUUACAUACAUAUACCAAAAUUGAUACACGAAUGUGCCUCAAAUAUAUUGCCUAUUGGGGUGGUCGUAAUCAUAUUGUAUUCAUGGGUGAUGCCCGUAUUCAUCAAUUAUAUGAACAAUUUGUACAAUCUAUUGAUGUGAAUCCGCCCCCAACAUCAACUACAAUCGAUCAUCAUUAUGAAGAUUCACAAUAUCAAGAUAAAGAUCUCGAUCUAAACAUUAGAUUUUUAUGGAGGCCAGUUGUUAAUCGAUCAAUGAUUGAUCAAUGUAAACAUUGGUCUUCAUUAAGAGAUCAUCUUAAACCGAAUAUUGUAAUAAUGGGUAGUGCUACCGAUUCCAUUCGAUCGAGUAAUGGUAGUGCUGAAGCGUUGGAAUUUUAUCACAAAAAUCUUACUAUAAUGUUGCCAUGUAUGGAAUCAUUGAAUCGAACCACUAGAUUUCUAUGGGUACUGCAAGAUCCAAUCAAACAACAGCAUUACGGUUUUUUACAAACAGAAAAACCAAAGACAACGAUAAUCACGAAUGAACAAAUUGAUCUGUAUAAUAAGGCAGCAAUGGAAGCGCUUCGUUUUGCCAGAGCAAAUACGGUCCAUGUAUGGAGUUCAGCUCGUUUAGUGGCGCAAGGUUUUAUUGGUGAAGAUUCAAUAAAUGGUUCGAAUGAUGAACUUCGUAUCGAUUCACAUUCAUUGAAAUUUUCCAUACAAAUUCUAUUGAAUCUCUAUUGCAAUGAUCAUAUGAAUUAUAAUGAUGGUACAUGUUGCAGUGAUCCAGAGAAAAUCACUGCCAUUCAAUUUAUUGUUUUAAUGGUAUUCACAAUGAUCAUUGCAAUCAGUACAACGAUUUAUAUCUAUAAUGGAUAUUUUAGUAAACAAAAUCAUUUCAGGCUACGUAGACGAAAAUAUAAAUGGACAAGAUUAAAAAAUGAUGAUUGUGAAUUCGAAUUGAUUAAAGUGAAUGGUGUAUUCGAUAACAAUAACUCAGAGAUCAACAGUGACGUUGAUCACGACGAUAAUGAUCAAGAUCAUAAUAAUAAUUCGAACGAAGUACCGAUAAUCACUAACCCCGAACAAUCAUCAGAUGAAAAAAAUGAGCCGAUAAUAAAACGAGAUUUAUUCUUUCUUUUAACCCGUUUAGGAAUUAUAAUGUUAUAUUUUUAUCUCUGUGAUCGUACAAAUUUCUUCAUGAAAGAAAACAAAUAUUUUACUCGUCCAAAUUUUCUACUUCCGAUUGCCUAUGUUUUUGCAUUAGGCUUAUUCUUUACUGAUGAAUCAUCACAUACGAAUGUAUUGCAUACGGAUCAAACAAACGAAAUAAAAGGUUGGAUGCAAUUGGUCAUUUUAGCCUAUCAUUAUACGGGUGCAUCACAAGUUUUACCAAUUUAUAUGUCCGUUCGAUUAUUGGUAUCAUUGUAUUUAUUUCUAAGCGGAUAUGGACAUUUUACCUAUUUCUACACAACCGGUGAUGUUAGUUUUACAAGAUUUUGGAAAGUUAUUUUUCGUUUAAAUUUUCUUGCCGUUUGCCUUUGUCUUUGUAUGAAUCGUCCUUAUCAAUUUUAUUAUUUUGUUCCACUUGUAACAUUUUGGUUUAUCAUAAUGUUCACUACAUUCAAAAUUAUACCACAUGUUUCGGCUCAAUCGGCUGAAUCAAAUUCAUCACAUUAUUUUUAUCUUGUUUUGAAGCUUGUCACUUUAUUUGCCAUUGUUUCGUUAUUAUAUACUUCGGAAGUAUUUUUUGAGAAUAUUUUUCUCAUUAGACCAUGGAAAGCAUUGUUUGUUAAUGCAGAUGAUUCCAUUAAAGAAUGGUGGUUUCGUUGGAAAAUUGAUCGCUAUAGCGUCCUGUUUGGAAUGAUCACCGCGUUUGGCUUACAGAUGUUACGUAAACAUCAACUUAUCUGGGAGAAUGAUACUUAUCCAUAUUUGUUUCCAUUUCGUAUCAGUAUUUUUGCCAUAUUUUCCGCCCUUAUUGGUUUGAUUUUUUAUAUAGCGUUGACAUUUCUCUGCAAUAACAAAUCCGAAUGUAAUGAAUUACAUCCAUACGUUUCAUUUAUACCAAUAAUAUCGUUCAUAAUAUUACGUAAUACAUCAAAAUGGUUUCGUUCUCGUUUCAGUUUGUUAUUCUCUUGGUUUGGUCGAAUUUCUCUUGAGCUAUUCCUUUGUCAAUAUCAUAUAUGGUUGGCUGCUGAUACUCAUGGAAUUUUGGUACUAAUACCAGGCUAUCCGGUAUUGAAUGUAGUAAUCACAUCAUUCAUAUUUAUAUCAAUUGCACAUGAUAUUCACAUGAUAACAGAUUGUAUUGUUCAUUGUUUGAUUACAAAUGAUUGGCGUUAUACAUUGCGUAAUCUUUGCAUUAUUUGCCUAAUAUUAUUACCGGUCGGUAUCAAAGAUGGAAUGUUCUAAUCAACAAUUGUUGUAAAUGGAGAUGUUUAUUCUAUAUAUAUAAAAAAAAUUUAUCCGAUAUUUAUUUUAACUCAACCAUCCCCUAGUCAAG